AGAGGAGGCGCCUGGCGCUAACAAAAGUCCGGCCCGCAGGCUAGCAGCGCCGGGCCACAAGUCUCCUCUCGCUAGGGGCACCGCAACAAGUGGCCGCCGCGCCCUCCCCGGGGAAGCCGCGGACGCACGGAGGUGCAGGGAGGAAGCGGCGGAGUGGGACAGCCCGGGGCAAGCGCGGCUCAGCGCGCUCGAGUGGGGACCAACCGCGGAGGCGCAUGGGGACCCCGCGGCGGAGGCGCGGCGAGCCUAGGGGCGGCACCGGGGCGCGGGCUCUGCGUCGCGCUGCUCCCUCUCGCCUGGAGCGCGGAUUCUGAGAUUCCCCAGAGGCUGCACUGGACCCGGCCUGCCGCCCUCGGGGGUGCCGGGAGCGGAGCGAUCACUCCCCCUCCUGCCACAGAGCAGGGCCGUCCCCCGCUCAGAUCGGCCCACAGAAGGGGCAUGUGCAGCUAACGGUCCGGUUCUGCCCGCUUUCCUCUGCCCCGCCGCCUGGGAGGUGCGUCCCAGCUAUGCAGUGUCCAGAGAGACGACGGGCAUGACGGCGACAGGAUGGGCGCGAACAAUGGCAAACAGUACGGCAGUGAGGGCAAAGGCAGCUCAAGCAUCUCAUCCGACGUGAGUUCAAGUACAGAUCACACGCCAACCAAAGCCCAGAAGAAUGUGGCCACCAGUGAAGAUUCUGACUUGAGCAUGCGUACAUUGAGCACACCCAGCCCAGCCUUGAUAUGUCCACCGACGUUGCCAGGAUUUCAGAAUGGAAGGGGCUCCUCCACUUCUUCAUCCUCCAUCACCGGAGAGACAGUGGCCAUGGUUCACUCCCCACCCCCGACCCGCCUCACUCACCCACUCAUCAGGUUGGCCUCCAGACCCCAGAAAGAGCAAGCCAGCAUAGACCGGCUCCCAGACCACUCCAUGGUGCAGAUCUUCUCCUUCCUGCCAACCAACCAGCUGUGCCGCUGUGCACGUGUGUGCCGCCGCUGGUACAACCUGGCCUGGGACCCGCGCCUCUGGAGGACUAUCCGCCUCACCGGCGAGACCAUCAAUGUGGACCGUGCCCUGAAAGUGCUGACCCGUAGGCUUUGCCAGGACACCCCCAAUGUGUGUCUCAUGCUAGAGACUGUCAUUGUCAGUGGCUGCCGGAGGCUCACAGACCGAGGGCUCUACACCAUUGCACAGUGCUGCCCAGAACUUAGGCGCCUGGAAGUCUCAGGAUGUUACAAUAUCUCCAACGAAGCUGUCUUUGAUGUGGUGUCCCUCUGCCCCAACCUGGAACAUCUGGAUGUGUCAGGGUGCUCCAAAGUUACUUGCAUCAGCUUGACCCGGGAGGCCUCCAUUAAACUGUCCCCCUUGCAUGGCAAACAGAUUUCUAUCCGAUACCUUGAUAUGACGGACUGCUUCGUGCUGGAGGACGAAGGCUUGCACACCAUCGCAGCUCACUGCACGCAGCUCACACACCUCUAUCUGCGCCGCUGUGUCCGCCUCACCGAUGAGGGUCUCCGCUACCUGGUGAUCUACUGCACAUCCAUCAAGGAGCUCAGUGUCAGUGACUGCCGCUUUGUCAGCGACUUUGGCCUGCGGGAGAUUGCUAAACUGGAGUCCCGCUUGCGGUACCUCAGCAUUGCCCACUGCGGCCGCAUCACGGAUGUGGGCAUUCGUUAUGUGGCUAAGUACUGCAGCAAAUUACGCUACCUCAAUGCGAGGGGCUGCGAGGGCAUCACGGACCAUGGCGUGGAGUACCUUGCCAAGAACUGCACAAAACUUAAGUCCCUGGACAUUGGCAAGUGUCCUUUGGUCUCUGACACAGGCCUGGAAUCCCUGGCUUUGAACUGUUUCAAUCUCAAGAGAUUAAGCCUCAAAUCCUGUGAGAGCAUCACCGGCCAGGGCCUGCAGAUCGUGGCUGCCAAUUGCUUUGACCUGCAGAUGCUGAACGUCCAGGACUGUGAAGUUUCCGUGGAGGCCCUGCGGUUUGUGAAGCGCCACUGCAAGCGCUGUGUCAUUGAGCAUACCAACCCUGCUUUCUUCUGAAGGGACAGCUCCCGUCGGGCAUGUUUUCACAGCAUCAUGAACCAAACAAUGUUUUGUAAACGUGACCCAUGUAAGCACCCACACCCACUCAUAGCCCCUAUUUCUUCUGGGAAAAUUCUUUGGAGUCUGACUUUUAGUUUUAUUUCUCAUGAGCAAACAAGGUCAAAGAAAUGAAGGAGGAAAACCAAAUUUCUACCACGGUAAACUAGCUCUGUUCGGUUCAUUUGUAGACAUACACUCUCACCAAGGGUACACCUCAGCAGGCUGGUCACUGUGUCUUCAGAAAUGCACCUUACAUCUUCCCUUUCCCUGCUGGUCCACAAACCAUGCCCCAAAGUUCCACACCUUAAUGGUGCAACAGCUGCACCAGUAAGCGUCAGAAUAAGGCCCUCUAAAGCUGUUGUUAAACUGUUUGGUGGACAGAAGCCCCACUCCUAAAUCCCACAGCAAGCAAAUAGGAGUUAAAGUCAUGUUAACACUUUAUGUGUGCAGAGAGCUUCCCCAUGCUAAAGAAUUAUGGAAAAUCAGACAGAAUAAAAAGAGACACGUUUUUUAUCCCAGCUCUGCCACUAACUAGCUAUGUGAUCUUGAUCAGAACACCUUACCUAUCUGGGCUGCAGAUUCCCACCCCCCAGAAGCUAGAGGUAGGGAUGAGCCUCAUGCCCGUUCUAGAACUGAGAGAAUAGUGACGUCCAUAAGCGGAGCCUUGUAUAAAGCACACAGGCAGCACCUGUGAGAGAAGUGGUUUGUGAGUGAGCUGUGCUUUUGGGAGGUUCUGUGGGGUCACCGUCGGUGCACAUAUAGUUCUGGAGGAUGUCCUUUUGCUGUCCUCUAAGAACCAACACAACUCUGUGCGGGGGAAGGGGGCUAGCUUGUGCACAUGUACAUGUGCUGUAGCAUUCUCUCCAUCCACCGCAUCCCGCUCAGGCAGGAGAGUGCACCUGACACGAGGCCUAUAAUCUCCCUGUCAGCUUGCAUCUGCUGAGCAUUUUCAAGUCCAAGUAGAGACCCUGAUAAUUUUUAAUUAACAAGUGAAGUCCAAGAGAACCCACAUUCUCAAAGGUUUUUCUAACCCUUCUCAGUACACAUAUGCUAUGAUUCAGGCGCAUCUGUCCUGCAGCCGGUGGGGACAGAUGCCUUAGUCCUCUGUCAUUCACAUUUCAUUUUGACUUCUCUCAUCUAUUUAUUUCUCCAUCGCAUGAAGCCUACCGGGGUUAAGUUUAUAAGUGUCCAAUUAUACAGACGCCACCUUGCCUGCUGUCUGCCUGCUUUCCACUAAAGAAUGUACAAUAGACUUCCAGGUGUUUCAGUAUUGCUCACUCAGAAGUGCCAGUCACACAGAAGAGGGAACACACUGGUAAGACAGAUGUUGGUCCACCCACCACGGUACUGGGACAGAACAUUAAAAUCAUUUCAAAAUUUGAAUUUUAAGUUGAUGGACUUUUAAAUGGUCCCUUCUGAAUACAAAGCAAUUUACUAGUUUCAUUUUUAAAGAAUCAGAUAGCCAGAUGAGAUCCUGCUACUAGUUUUCGUGAAUUCCAGUUGUCUUUUGUUACUAAACUUAGAACUUUCCCCCAUUUUUUUCUCUGGCCACAUUCCUUCCCCACCACUGUUGAAACAGUUCGGCCACCAUCUUCUCAGAGUAUCUAUCCUCCAAUCCCAGAGCCUCUGCUUCUCCAAGGCAAGCUCGCUACAUUUGUUACAGAGCAAGCUUAUACUCCGCUCGACAACUGCACUCCCACUGUAGGCUCCGGUGUGUACUAUUGUCUUGUGUUGGGAAGGAGCUGUUAAGUGACAAAGCUGACAACUCUUCAGGAGGUUACUGUCAUUCAUUCUGUGAAUCCCAGCUUCUGCUCAGUUCACACCCUCCUCGGUAUGGACAGGUGAACAAGAUUCUAUCAUAAGGGAAAGUAAAAGUUUUCGCUGGGGACAGGAUCUAGUGACAGCCACUGAGUUUAGAACCGUAAAAGAAAUUGAACGUAGGUAGCACCCAUCUGACCUCUGACUUGUGGCUCUGCCAAAGUUUGUGGACUGGAGCAUCACAAUGGGUUGUCUGUAACCCUCGAUACUGGAACAUUCCAAAAGAGUUGGUUUACUGCUCCCCAGAAUGAGCAAGGGAAUCCAAAGUGGUUCCCUAAGCCAUUUUUAGUAACUCUAUCGCCACUAACUUUCAUGUGAGACCCAGUGGGCAUUUCACACUUGCUAGCUGCCCAGCACAUGGGUCCUUCCCAGUUUCUCCCUUUCCCAUCCUCUUCACCCUUUCUGCUCUCCAUCAGGAUAGGGGUAUGGACAUGUAACAGAGGUCACUGGGAACACAAUUCAGUAGAUUUAUGAGGUCAAGCAAAAGGUCUCAUUAAGAAAUGUAUCUGUUUUAAAACAUGGCUUCCUUCCUUGCUCUGCUAAAUUGAAUGCUCAUUUGUUGUUGUUUGUUUGUUUGUUUGUUUCUCUUUAACUCUAAUGUUCAAAUCACUGCGUGCUGUAUAAUUCUAGAAAGCCUUAAUUUACUUCCACCAAGAAAUAAAGCAAUAUGUUGGCAA